AUGUCGCGUCGAAAACAGGGCAAACCCCAACAACGGAAAUCACAGUGUCCACUGGAGGAGGAGAACGACCUGCUGGUAUGUGGAGACUGCCAGACUCGCUUCCCACUGCACGACAUCGUGCACUUUAUCCGCCACAAGAAGCAGUGCUGCAACAAGGAAAACGUCCUCUCCUCAGACAAGGCCCCGUCCAAGCCGGAUGGCGGAAACAGCGACAUCCUCGGAGACAAGAACGAUGAUGGCGUGGAAGACAUGGUCGAUGAGGGCGUGGACAUGUCCAAAGUGUCCUCCCGGAGAGAGGAGGGCGAGGAGGCGACGAUGGACAACGACAGCGAGAAUGAGGAAGACUCCAUGGACGCGACAGAGCAUACGAACUUGGUGAUUGGGGAGGUUGUCAACGGAGAGGCGAAGGAGGGAAGGAGUAGGAAGAAAGAGAAAGAGAAGAAUGGUUCAGCCAGUGCUGGUUCCUCAUCUCGAGAAGGAAGGACGCCGCUGCGGCAGAGGCAGGUGGUGGAUGCCGAGUCGAACACCACCCAUUCAGAACCGUCAAGGUUUGUCUGCGAGACGUGCCGCAGCACGUAUACCUCAGCCUGGGCUCUGCUGCAACACGCCCAGAAGGAGCACGGGAUGAAGAUCUACACAAGCCCCAGCUCUACCGGCAGCCACUACCAGCAGUCGUCCCCGGCGUCCACGCCCUUAACCAGCGGCAUGUCUCCCAUAGAUUUGAUUGUGGCCUCGUCGUCACCUCGUAAUGGCUCAUCCUCGCCCUACCCUGUACACGCCCCGAAUCCUUUCACAUCGCCUUUCAGAUUGCCCUUGGACUCCCGCUUGUCCCACCCCACUUCUCUGAGUCCGUUCUCUCGUCCUCCCAACUUCGAUUUUGAUCUUAUCAGCGAUUACCGAUUACGUCCGCAGCUGAUCGGCCGAGGAGGUUCGGGUCUCGAACAUUCUUCCUUCACAUUAGACCGUGCACGGGCACACAUUUCACCAGUGCUGGACUCCCAGUAUGACUUCUACUCCAUGCGUCUCAAGCAGUUGGCCAGCUCUCCAGUGGUACCUCAGUCGAAAUCACAGUUCUCUGCCUCAAGUCAGCCGCAGCCACCCAAUGUUGCCGUGACCCCAUCCUCCUCCAAGGCCGAAAGCCCUCCUGCCGAAGCCUCGCUGACCUUGUCUUCAAGAAGAAGCAGUUUGGCUUCGGCUUUGAUUUUACCCCCAAAGCAGAAAGCAUGUGAAUUUUGUGGGAAAUCGUUCCGGUUUCUGAGUAAUCUGGUGGUCCACAGGCGCUCACACACCGGGGAGAAGCCUUACAAGUGUCCCCAUUGUCCCCAUGCUUGCACUCAGCAGAGUAAACUCAAGAGGCACAUGAAGACCCAUGCGAACAAAGUUAAAGAAGAGGAGGAGGAAGAAAUAUCUAAUGCUAUGCCUAACCAUAAAGAUGGAGAAGUUAAUGAUGUUGAUGAUGAUGACGACGAUGAUGAAGACGAUGAUGAUGAGGAUGAAGAAGAGGAGGAGGAAGAAGAAGAAGAGGAGGAGGGCGAUGAUGAAGGUGAUAUAGUGGAAGAUGAUUUCAACGACGAGGAGGUGAUUGAAAAGCACGAAGAACUGCAGAAAACUCGCGAGCGUUCUCGCGAGCCGGGAGAAAUCAGCCCCGAAGCCAAGAAGAUCAAAUUAGAACUGAACAUCGACGAGAGAGAUGAGGAAUAUAGCUUGCCAAGUGACCUGAGGUUCAAAGCCAAGCCUUCGGAGAGUUUACUCAGCGAGGUCAUGAAACGGACUGGUUUGAACGACAUCCAGACUUACAGCGAAGCCUACAAAGCAGCUUUAGCUGAAAGUCAGAAGGAGAGUGGUCACAGCGGAGAUAGAGACACAACAGAUGGUACUAGAGUUGUCGAAACUGAUAGUCCAGAGAGAGCACGUUCAAAGGCAUUUGGAGUCAAACGGGAACUCGGCUCUGACAAGGACUCUGCUAAAGAAAGUCAAAGGCGACGUGUAUUGUCAGGUCACCGUAGCAAAUCAGUAAAAGAAGAAAUGUCUUCUUCAGUUUGGCCGUCAACAAUAGAGGCUGCCUCUGCCAAUAACAUCGAUCCUGCAGCAGCGUCGGCUUACCCCCGUAUCCUUCCGUCCUGGCUCACGGCUGACAGCCCCAUUAGACUAUUCUUCCCCAGCUACCCCCCUCGCUUCUCCAGCGCCCACGAUCUCAACACCGAGAACCACAACGGCGUCAACCUCAGCCCCACUGUGCCCACAACCAGUGCCUUAAAAGCAGAGAGUCAGGGAACUUCUCUGCUGAAACCUAGAUUGACCAGUCCGCCAGCAUACCCGUCACACUUCCUGGGAUCAUCGAGCACCAGUAGUAGCCCAACAAGCAACCUUUUACUGUCCAUCAACGGCGGCAGCGCAGCAGCCACGCCGAGGAAGGAGCAUAGGAGAAAUGACACAUGCGAAUACUGCGGGAAGGUGUUUAAAAACUGCAGCAAUUUAACGGUACACCGACGGUCACACACUGGCGAGAAACCCUACAAGUGCAACCUCUGCAGCUACGCGUGUGCUCAAUCCAGCAAGUUAACCAGACACAUGAAGACCCACGGACGGUUCGGCAAGGAUGUCUAUCCCUGCAAGUUCUGCAACAUGCCUUUCUCCGUGCCCAGCACACUUGAAAAACACAUGCGCAAGUGCGUGGAGAACCGAACUGGGAGACUCCUUGUGGCAGAUCAUGGAGACAUGAGCUCAGAAUCCAACGGUGAAACUAAUCCUCACAGCGAAACCAAUCCGCUAGACGAAACCAGCCCGACAACAUAA